AUGUCAGGGUCAUUCACUAGCCAGCCAAACGAUGCUACCGUGACAGAAACCGAUGUGUCUAUCGAAGAUGAUCCACACCUCGUCGUCCUGGAGCCGGACGACAAUCCGCAGAAUAUGUCCUCGUUCAGACGGUGGCUUGCGGUCAUUGUCAUCAGCUCGGCUUCUCUAUGCGUGACUUGUGCUUCUUCGAUCGCUGCAUUCACAGAACAGGGUGCCGCCCAAACAUUUCGUGUUUCACAUGAAGUGACCGUCCUUGGAAUAAGUUUAUUUGUGUCGGGUCUUGGAACUGGCCCACUGCUCGUUGGUCCAUUGUCCGAAGUGUAUGGCCGAAACGUUGUAUACAGAAUAUCUUACGCACUAUUCUUCAUCUUUACAUUUCCCGUGGCGUUUGCUCCUAACAUCGCUGUUUUCCUGAUCUUUCGCCUUAUCACUGGGUUCUGUGGAUCAGCCUUUUUGAGUGUAGCCGGAGGUAGUGUGAGCGAUAUGUUUCCAAAUUCGAGUAUCGCAAAUCCAAUGGCUGUAUAUACCAUAUCUCCAUUUAUUGGACCAGUGGCUGGCCCCUUGAUUGCUGGAUUUAUAAAUCAGCACCUAUAUUGGGAAUGGACGUAUCGCGUGCAGCUGUGUUGGAUCUUUGCUGAGUUUCUGAUGUUGGCAAUAUUUGUUCCUGAGACGUAUGUCCCAGUGAUCUUGAAGAAGAAAGCAAGAAGACUGCGAAAGUCGACUGCAGAUCCAAAGUUUUAUGCUCCUCUGGAUAGACGGGAAGGCACUCUUGCUUCUGCUAUCCUUGUUAGUUGCUACAGGCCUUUUCAAUUACUUCUAUUCGACCGAAUGGCACUGCUUUUGGACUCCUGGAAUGCCCUUCUUCUUGGAAUCCUAUACCUGGCAUUCCAGGCAUACCCAAUCAUUUUCGAAGAUGUUCAUGGGUUUAAUAUGCAAAUGACUGGACUAACAUUCAUCGGGAUUGGACUCGGAAUGCUUUCGGCCAUUUCCACACAACCGUUUUGGAACAGGAGAGUCCCAUUUUCUCUCGGCGCCGCCAAAUUUGAUGGUGAUCCACCUCCUGAGACGAGACUCAUCAUGGGCCAAGUGGGAGCUAUUCUCGUACCCAUCGGUUUAUUCUGCCUCGCAUUCACCACAUAUCCGCAAGUUCACUGGAUUGCCCCAAUCAUCGCGUCUGUACCUUUCGGCUCAGGGGUAUAUUUCGUUUUCACGUCAACAUUCACGUAUCUUGUCACCGCAUACCGCCCAAUUGCUGCGUCUGCUAUGGCAAGUAAUAGUGCAUUGCGGUCAGCAUUCGCCGCUGCAUUUCCGUUAUUCGCGGGAGCCAUGUAUGAUAGACUGGGGACUGUCGGCGCCACUGCUCUUCUAGCGGGCCUCACAACAAUCAUGGCGCCAUUGCCUUUCGUAUUUUACCGAAUUGGCGCGCGACUGCGGAAGAAUUCGCCUUUCGCGGCACAUUGA